AUUAUUCUUCUAUGUGACAUUCCGAUUAACUGCCAUAUUUGAUAACUAACGUUUUGUUGUCGGCUUAUAAGAAAUGAAAAUAUUCAAAAUUAAUUUAUGUAUCCGACCUUGAUAAUUUGAAUCAGAAAAAUAAUAUUUCCAGCUUUGCAAUGAGUCACAAAUCGAAUCAAAACUUAUCUGAGAUUAAAGAUAAGAAAAUUCCAAUGAAUGGGGAUGAUGAAAAAGAAAAUGAUACUGUUACUGAAACCAAGGAGGUGAAACAGGAUGUAUCUAAAGAACUUACUACAGUAAUGAUGACACGUUCUUCUAAAAAAACCACCACUCAAAAAAUCACUUUGGAAGAAAAUGAUACCAAAACAAAAAAAGUUGAAUCAACUAUCGAGCAAAUAAAUGAAGACAAAAAAGAAGAGGUUGAAUUGGUUUUGAAUGUCAAUGAAAAAAAAGAAUCUGAAGAAGAGGGAAAAACUGAAGAAGUAAAUGGUUCACGUAAUUCUCCAGUUGAAACUGAAACAUCUGUUGAUAGCUUAGAUAAUCUUCCAGAAAGUAAUGGACACACUGAAAAUAAUCCUGAUUCUGACGAUAUAGAGCAUAACAGUAGUAAAGAGGAGUUUAUUUUGGAUACUGAGACGUUCAUGGAACCCCUAGUAUUGCAGCCGGAUGAACCAUGUCCUGAAUUGGAGUUUGAAGAAUCCUCUGACAAGGAAUCUGAAAAGAGUUCUCCUGUCUUAUUGAGAUGUAUAACAAGACGAUCACAAAAUCGUAAAAUUCCUACUCCUAACACACCAAGGUCAAUAUAUGAACCUGAACCCGAAAAAGAUCAAAUCGACUCUGAAAAAGGAUCAGAUACACCUGUACCCAGAUCAGAAUGUUCGUCAAAGAAUAUUCACCCCAAUGACAUGGAUAAUACAAGUACGAAUGUCUCCAUGACUGUUCAGGUUGGAGGUAACGAUACUCGAUUAGAUUUUUCGGAGGGAGAAAGUGACCUACUCCAAAGUUUGAGGAGUAAAGAUUCAAACUCAGGCUCCCGAUAUUUGUCAUCGAGAAGAUCAUUAAGAUCCCUGAGGAGCGAUGUGAACUCAAAGAGUUUGAGAGAUUCGUUGCACAGAAGCAAAUUAUAUCAGGCGAGGGAAUCUAUGGAAAGAGCCCCCAGUGUGAAAAGGAAAGAACGUAGCGAGACUCCGGAAGAAAGGAAAAAAAUCAAAACCGACUCGACAGGGUUCUUAUCGAAAUUCUCCAGCCCGUUGACAAACUUGAAGAAUAAAUUCACAUCAUCACCGAGUGGUACAAGCACUCCCAAGCUCACUUCAUACAAGGAUGAAAAGAAUCAAAUCGACGGGGAUUACUUUGAGCAGAAGGAAAUGCCCGAAGAAGGAGUGGCAGAUACUCAGAACAAAUGGUGUGAAAUCAUGUAAGAAAAUCAUUGUUUUUUCCCCAAACCCGUUUUUUUAAUCUGAUAGGUUGAACCAUGUUUUUACUGGCAAGUUGAUAUGUAUUGUAGACCAUUAUAUAUUGUUCGUGUUUUCUUCAUUUUCACCAUUUUCACGAAAUUCGUUUUUUAUUUUACUUGAUUGAUUGAACGAUUUAAUAAAAUUGAAUUCUGUAUUUGAAACUUUUAUAAUUGAGUUGGUUAAUACAGAAAAUUAAGUUUCGUGUACAGGAAAAAGUUAUUGUGUCUAUCAAUGUUCUUUGCAUUUCCUUGAGUGUUUGGGAAUAUAUUAAUCAGACUCUUCCCCACUAAACCUGAAAUUCUAUAAAAUAUCUUUUAUAUUUGAUUCUAUCUCUUGAUAGUCAGUUGGUAGGCUGACCAUAAAUGUUAAAUGUACAAAUCGGAUUUAAUGUUUUUAUUUGAAUAAUACUACAGUAUGUAGUUUUCUUUGAUCCGUAGAACUAAAAAAAAAAUGAAUAAAGACUGUUCAGUUGUAGAAGUUUGUGUAUUAUUGGAAUUAUUUAUGGAUAAUAGCCAAUGAAAAAUUCUGUUGAUUCUCCAUUUCGAAUGUUUUAUACUGCUUUUUUAUAUACCUUUACAAUGACUUAGUAAUUAUCAUUUUCUUUUACUUAAAUCACUAGAUCGUAUAGUUGUCACGAAUUAUAUCAAAGAUUUGUUAUCUCUACUAUAUAAUAUUUUGUGUUCAUUUUUUCAUGAAUAUAAAGAGUUCUAUUAUUC